AAUUUAAUAAUUAUUUUCAUCUGAUCACCAUUUACUUCUUUAUUCAUCCACAAAAUUUAUAAAAUAGAAGCCGGGGAUCCAGAGAGGGGUUUAAUUUCUUGCUGCUAUCUUUCUCGAGAUCGAAUCCGAAGGUGAACAUGGGUGUGGUGCAGAAAAUUGCUGAUAUGGAGGAGGGAACACUGGAGGUUGGCAUGGAAUACAGAACUGUGUCUGGAGUUGCUGGACCACUAGUAAUACUCGAAAAAGUGAAGGGCCCUAAAUAUCAAGAAAUUGUUAAUAUUCGACUUGGAGAUGGAACAACAAGGCGUGGUCAGGUUCUUGAAGUUGACGGAGAGAAAGCUGUGGUUCAGGUCUUUGAAGGAACUUCCGGCAUUGAUAACAAGUACACUACCGUGCAAUUCACUGGGGAGGUUCUGAAAACUCCUGUGUCAUUGGAUAUGCUUGGGCGCAUUUUUAAUGGUUCUGGGAAGCCUAUUGAUAAUGGGCCACCUAUUUUGCCUGAGGCAUAUUUGGAUAUUUCAGGAAGUUCUAUCAAUCCUAGUGAGAGAACCUAUCCUGAAGAGAUGAUACAGACUGGGAUAUCUACCAUUGAUGUCAUGAACUCCAUUGCUCGAGGACAGAAGAUCCCUCUCUUCUCUGCCGCUGGGCUUCCUCAUAAUGAAAUAGCUGCUCAGAUCUGUCGUCAGGCUGGGCUUGUAAAGCGAUUGGAAAAAACUGACAAUCUUUUGGAGGGUGGAGGUGAAGAUGACAACUUCGCAAUAGUGUUUGCGGCUAUGGGAGUAAAUAUGGAAACAGCACAGUUCUUCAAACGUGAUUUUGAAGAAAAUGGUUCUAUGGAGAGAGUGACUCUCUUUCUAAAUCUGGCUAAUGAUCCGACUAUUGAACGCAUUAUCACUCCUCGAAUCGCCCUUACAACAGCAGAAUAUUUAGCUUACGAAUGCGGAAAGCAUGUGCUUGUUAUCCUAACAGACAUGAGUUCAUAUGCUGAUGCUCUUCGUGAGGUAUCUGCCGCCAGAGAGGAGGUGCCAGGUAGACGUGGUUAUCCUGGGUACAUGUACACUGAUCUGGCAACAAUAUAUGAACGUGCUGGGCGUAUUGAAGGAAGAAAAGGCUCCAUUACUCAAAUACCUAUCCUAACUAUGCCAAAUGAUGAUAUCACACAUCCCACUCCCGAUCUUACUGGUUACAUCACUGAAGGCCAAAUAUACAUUGAUCGGCAGCUCCACAAUCGACAGAUAUACCCACCAAUCAAUGUCCUUCCAUCUCUUUCACGAUUGAUGAAGAGUGCUAUUGGUGAAGGAAUGACCCGCCGUGAUCAUUCUGAUGUAUCAAACCAGCUGUAUGCCAAUUAUGCAAUUGGGAAGGAUGUUCAGGCUAUGAAAGCUGUUGUUGGAGAAGAGGCUCUUUCUUCUGAAGAUCUGCUCUACCUUGAGUUCUUGGACAAAUUCGAGAGAAAAUUUGUCACUCAAGGCGCAUAUGACACUCGAAACAUCUUCCAGUCUCUUGAUCUCGCAUGGACUCUCCUCCGUAUCUUUCCUCGUGAGCUUCUCCAUCGUAUACCUGCAAAAACCUUGGAUCAGUUCUACAGCAGGGAAGCAGCCCAUUGAACUGCUAAUGUAGUCUCAUCAGGUUUACUGCAUAUGAAUAAAUAAGAUGGCUAUUCUGAACCCUGAUAAAGUCUUUUUUCCCUAGAUAGUUCCUAUUCUUUCAAAGCCCGAACCGUGAGUUGUUUCAUCUGUAUUGGCUUUUGUAAUGUUCAAUAUUUUAUGUAUUGGUGCAUAGGAAGUGAUGUAUCCCAUGAACGAAUGGUUAGUUCCGCAUGUAUUAUUAUCUUUCUGUUUACUGGGGGAAUAAACAGAACAGUUCAAGCUCUCUCUGUUUGUACCGAACAUUGACUAAAGGGUGCUGAGUUUUUUGCUUUAUAAUCUUGCUUGAAGUAGAUAUGACAGAUGUAAAACUGUUGUCUUAAUGAUCUAAAAUAACUUGAGCGUUACUUUUUUAA